UCGAGAUGUUCUCGGAUGUGUGGCGCUAUGAGGUAGACCAGGGUGAAUGGUUCCGCUUCGAGACUUCAGGGCCGCUGGGCCGGUGGAAAGAGGCCGCCACGCCUGUGCAGAACAGCAGCAAGCUGGUGCUGAUGGGUGGCUGCACUGAGACCAGCGUGCAGUUCUCGAGGAACGACCUUUGGGUCUUCAACCCUGCGGACGGAACUUGGGUGGAGGUGGAGACGCGGAACAAGCCGGUGCCCAGGCGUGGUCAUGUGAUUGUGGCCAAUCAGUCGCACCUGAUUAUGUUCGGUGGCAAGUCGACGAAGCACUAUGCGAAGAGGUCUUAUGCGGAGCUUCCCGAAGAUGAGAACCCGCAGCAGGGCGAGAAGUGCCUGGUGGAUCUGUGGGCCAUCUCCAAAGAAGAGGUGCUCGCAGGGUCCGAGCCGAGGUGGACGCAAGGUCCUCCCUUCCCAGCGCCCUGUAGAUGGGGCUCCACUGGAGUUGUCAUCUCCGGCAAAGGCGGGGCGAAGAAGAGAUACUUGGCCUUCUUUGGCGGACGGCACCUGGGUGAGGGCAGCGUGGAGCACACAGACCAGAGUGCCUAUAUCUACUACAAUGACCUGUGGCUCUAUGACUUCAUCCAGGAGAAGUGGUCCCUAGCUCCCACAGAGGGGCCGAGGCCGCCCGCGCGCGACCACCACGGCUCGGCCACGCUGCAGGGAAAGCUCUUCAUCUACGGCGGCCGACGCUCGGAGAAGCGGGAGGAGCACUCGGUGCUGGCGGACGUGUGGAGCUACGACCUGGACACGAGCCGCUGGACCUUCUACGAGCCCCAGAACGCCGCGCCCAUGGCGCGGUUCAUGCCCGGUGUGUCGGAUUGGAAGUACAAGGGCGUACCGCAUUUGGCCAUCUUCGCAGGGGAGUCGCUGCCGGGCUCAACGAAGCGCACGACCAUGAACGACCUCUGGGUCUUCAACCCCCACUCGGGAAUUUGGACCGAGCUGUUCACCUCCAACUGCGACCUUCCCGCCCACGACUUGUCGAAAAGGGAAGAGACGCCCGCGGUGAUGUACACCACGGAGGCGCUGUGCCUCGUGGCGGGCUUCGGAUUCGUGUCGCUGCUGGUCUUGGGUCUCAAGAAGCUCCGGCCAAGCGUGGCCCGAGAGAUGCAGGAGCCCCUGCUGUGAGAGCGGACGCACGCAUUUCGGAGACGAUCCGAGGUUGGCUGACCCACAAGAUCCCA